AUGUCGACAACAACGGCAACAACAAAUAAUAAUAAUAAUAAUAAUUCAUCGGAUACUACUGAAUUGACACUUGAAAUACCUGUUUGGGUACAGGGUAAACGUAAAUGGGUAACUGGUAUAACAAAAAAGACAACAUUCGAUGAUCUCAUCUAUGCUUUAUUAGCUCAAGCUGAUUUACUUAAAGCAUCCGGAACAACAAAUUCAUCAUCAAACAAUAAUAUCACAGGUUAUGCUAUAGCUGAAUGUACACAAUUGACAGUAUCGUCAUUAUCAUCAUCAAAUAAUAAUGAUUGUGAAACACCAUCACUUAUCACUCAACGUGUUAUGAAAGGUCGUGCUAAAGUGAUAAAAGCAUAUAAAAAUUGGCAAUUUGAUAAAUUACCAUUAACAAUUCUUCAUCUUAUAUCAACAUCAUCAUUAAUUGAUAAUAACGCAUCAAUAUCAAAAUUUCGUUCAAAAAUUUUUCGUCGGUUUUUAUCAGCAAAAUCUCAAUCAAUAUCACCUGUACCAUCAUUACUUACAUCUUCACAAUCCGAUUCAUCAUUAGUAUCUAUUGGAAAUACUCAAGGACAAUCACAAAUAACUUGUCGUCGAAAAUCUUUAACUGAUAUACAUGAAAAUAUGAAUAUAAUUGAAAGACAAAAACGUUUACUUGAUUAUCUUGAUGAAAAAAUUCAUCAAACAGAAAAUUUUCUAACACCUAUUUCGAACAAUACACUAACAAGAAAUUCUUAUUUACAAGAAUCAUCUUUAAUAUUAAAUAAUGAAGUAACAUUAAAUGAUGUAUCACGUUUAUUUUCUCAUCAAUUUGAAGAACAAGAUCAACUUCUAUUUGCAACACAAUUAUGUAAUUCAAUAAUAAAUAUGCAAGAACGUAUUGAUGAAAAAACAAAUAUAUUAUAUGCUGUUGAACAAGCUAUAUCAAAUGAAUUAAAUCAUGUUUUACAUCAACAACAUUAUGAUAUAUUACCUUGUACAUUAUCAUCAAAUAUAAAUGAUAAUAAUUCUUCAAUAUCAAAUGAUUUAAUAACAUUAAAAAAUUCUAUAUAUCGCAGUAGAGAAUUAUCACGUAUACAAUCAAAAGAGAUGCAUGAUUUUGAUUUAUCAUUACGUGAAAUUGAAAUAUUACUUGCAACAAAAUAUGAUGAACUUAAAUAUCUUGAAUAUGAAACAUCACCAAAUUUUAUGACAACAUCAAGAUCUUUAACACCAAAUUAUUUAAUACAACAAAAUUUUCGAACAAAUAAUAUUGAUGAACAAUCAACAUAUGAUACACUUGAUAUAACAACAACAGCAACAAAUGUUGCAUUUUCUUCUAUGAAAGAAGCUGAUGAAGAUUCAGGAAUAAAUUCUUUAACAAGUGAUGAUAAUAAUAAUAAUCAUACAAUGUCUCUUAUACAUCAAAAACUUCAUACACAAAAUAGUCAACUCGAAACACUUGUCUAA